AACAUGAAAAUCUACGCCGUAUUGCUGAUCGCUUUGGCAAUAGCCGCACCUGCUUUCGGCGUUGUCCUGAACCGUUGUUCAUUGGCCCAUGAGAUGCCGCGUCUGGGUGAUCUAAGGGAUAAGUUGGCACGCUGGGCUUGUAUUGCUGAACAAGAGAGCUCCUACCGCAGCGACGUCAUCGGUCCCACCUACAACGAUGGCUCUCAUGAUUAUGACAUCUGCCAAAUCAAUGAUUACUUUUGGUGUCAACCUGCCAGUGGACUCUUCUCCUACAAUCAAUGCCAUGUCGGUUGCAAUGAACUACUGAUGUCGUGUUUCGAGCCCUGUAUUAAUUUAAAAAGGGGCUCAAACAAUUACUCCCCAAUUAAAAAUUGUUUUGUUAAACUUUGA